AUGUCAAGUUUAUUAAAGGCAUCACAGCAACAAAUACAACAACAGGGGGAAGUUCAUGAAAAAGAGUUGGAAUUAAUAGAGCAGUAUUUUGGGUCAUUACAAAAAGCAGUAAAUGAUGGUAUUAAAUUAAACAAUGUUGUAAAUAAAUUCGAUAUAGUUUGUAAUAUUGUACCCCUAUUCGACACCCUCAAUAAACAAGAGGUGGAUUCAAUCACACUAAAAUGGUUGAAUUUGCUCGUAAGCUGUUUGUCACAAGGCACUGGUGGUCCUGCAUUCUCGUUAGUGAUUGGUAAUCUUAUUAGCAAACUAUUUGAUCGUUCUCCAACAGGCAGCAAAUCAUCCACAACCAUUGUUAAAAACUUAAUAACACAGUUACAAGCCAAACAAAUUACAUCACAGUUAAAAAUUAAAACUUUAGCAAUAGUUUAUAUACAAGAGAUUAUAACAUUAUUAUCAAAGAUGGUCAAAUCUUCAAGUGAUACAUUUAAUUUUAAAGCAUCAUGUAUGAGAUGCAUUUUUAGCUGUUUAGAAACGGUUGGAUUCACUAGGGGAUCAAUUCAUGUCGAUACUUUUAAAUUAAUUAAAACCAUAUAUCCACCAUCAAAUACCACCAUCCCAGUUGGAUCUACUAUGAGCCAAUUGAUAGAUUUCAAAUGUGAAUGUUUAAAUGCAAUUAUACCAAUUGUAAAGUAUUAUAAUCAAACCGAUAAUAAAUUAAUGGGAUUCGACGAUAAAAUUAUAGUAUUCCUUGGUAAACAUCUUGAUGAAGAUAAUUUGAAGCUUCGUAACAAGUUAUCGGAGGUUUUAGGCAACACAUUUUCAUCAUUAUAUUUCAAAGAAACAAGCCAACAAUUAUUACCAGGUCAAAUUCCACAACCAAAUCAACAAACACCAUCAUCAUUGUCAAUUAAUCAGCAACCAGUUCAACCAAAUUCACCAAAUACACAAUCACAAAAUAUAAACUUAACUAAAAAAUGGUCUAUUGACAAUUGUUUGAAUCAAUUAAAUAAUCUAUUGGUAGCAGCGAUCAAAAAGGAAGUUAGAACCAAUAUUAGUAUGGCUUACAGCAAAUUUUUAAGAGAAUUAAAUUUAACUGAUAUUGAACCUCUUAUCGAGCCAAUCAUUUCAACAAUAUUUAAAAUUCUGUCAACACCAUACAACAAGUUUAUUGGAAAUCUUUCAAAUCAAGCUCAGAACAUUGUUUUGGCAACCCCACAAAUCACAAAUGAGCAAAUUCAAUUUGUAUCAUGUGUCUCAUAUAUUUUAAGAACUGGCUUGGGUGAAAAGCUUUCUGAAUUAGGUCAACAAAAAUUAUUACGUCACUUGUUAACCCUAUCUACAAAUGGUAUUAAAAUUCAGCAAACUGCCGCCACUGUUCAGCAACCAAAUCAACCAAAUCAAUUAAAUCAAUCAAAUUCAAAUUUUACAGUUUUAAAUUUUCAAAAUUCAAUCGUUACAAUCGAUAAUAAUAAUUUAAAUGAAUUAAUAUUAUAUUGCUCAUUAAAAGAAUGUUGUUUAUUAAUUAAUGAGUUGGGUGAAGGUGGUUUAAAUAAUAUAGUCGAGGAUUUUUCAAGUCAAUUAAUUGGUAUGUUUAGUGAUCGUAAUCAAAGCACUAGAUUGUGGUCUGCAAUUUGCAUUAGAUCUUUAGCAACUCAUCUCCCAAAAAAUAUAUCACAGUUUUUAACCGAAUGUCUCGGUAAUUUAAAUAGUUUAAUUGGUGAAAUCGAUAAAUUAUCUCUUCAGCCAGAUUCAUUGAAACGUAUUAUGAACUCUCUCAAAGGUAAUUCACAAGGUUGUGCCGCUUUGCUUGCUACCGUUAAAACUACUGAAUUGGGUGUACCAGCAACAUUAUUAAACCAAAUUACAAAGAUUUCAUCAUCAUUACUUUCAAAUCCAGAUUUUCUCAAUCCCUCAAUUACUUUAGCACGUUUAGAAGCAGGUUGGACUAUUAUGAAUUCAUUAAUCAAAUUCAUGGGUCCCACUUUUGUAGAUUCAAUACUCUCAAAUCUUUUUGUAUUUUGGAAGAGUUGUUUUAAUAUUAGUACUGUACAUCCCACAAGCGAACGUGAUAUUGUAAUUUUUGCCCGUACUCGUGCUGAUGCUCUCAUUCCACUUCAUAGUCUUAUAGUAUACAAUAGUAAGCUAUUGAAUAGCAAAGUAGUUGCAUCUAUUGUAAACUUUUUGGGUAAUACCUUAAAGACAGUUUCAGAGUUACCUGCCAUCUCAACAUCAUUCCAGCCAUCAACCAAUGAAUUGACACAGUUACUAGAGUUUUAUUUAAUUAAAACAUUUUUAGCAUUACCAGCUCAAUCAUACGCUUCGCAUCAUACAACUUUAAUGACAAUUGUAACUUCAUUAAUUUUAGACGGUCCACAAAAUUCAAUGUUUCCAUCAUUGUUGCAUCAUGAUGACGAGGAUAUUUUAUUACCAGAUUUAAAUUCAGCUUUUUACCAAUUUGAAUUAAACUAUCAAAUACCAUUUUCAAGCCAAGAUUCCUCAAUUGCAUCAUUCACAACAAUUAAUGAUUGUUUUUCACACGGUAUGACCCAGUUUUUAGAUAUACGUGUUGUUAAUAGUGCAACUGAAUUGUUCUCUUGCUUAUUCAUAUCCCAACCAGAUCGUCAUAGAACUCAAUUAAUUGACCAUCUUUCAACUUGCAUCAAAGAUGUCGGUGUAGCCUCUCCUCAAAGAAAUAUUAUGGUUGUAAAUUCGCUCACAGCAAUCCUCUUUAUUUUAAAAUCAAUGUCUCAUAAUAAUCAAAGAUUUGGUAAAAGUGAAAUUGUUGCAACAUUACAAAGAUUCGUUCAAAAAUAUUUUGGUGAAACCAAUCCAUUACUUCGUCGUAUUUCAUCAGAAUGCUUAGGCUUGUUAUGCCGUAUUGAAGGUGAUAAUGUUACAUCAGCAAUCAUAAAGUCACUAACCGAAAUUAUUCGUAAACCAGCUAAAGAUGUCGCUACCUCAGUUAGAGCAGGUUCUGCUUUUGUAUUUGGUUGCAUCCAAAGAUCAGUUGGUGGUAUGAUGUCACAAAAAUAUUUACCAACAACCAUCGCAAAUUUACAUGUAUUGGCUCAAGAUUUAACCUCAACAGACGUUAGCCACCAUGCACUACACUCACUUUUUAUAACGAUUCAAACCAGUGGUUUCGAUUUCACAUCAUUUGCAGCACCCACUUUAAUGUUAAUUCAGUCAUUAUUGAUCAUUGAAAAUCCACCAUAUUAUUUAUUGGGUCGUAUCGUAAAUUCAAUUGUUGUAGCAUUAGGUCCAGAGUUAGAAACUAGUAAAGAUAUUAUGAACAAAUGUACAAGUACUUGUAAUAUCAUUGAAAAGAGUGAAGAUCCAUUAAUUAGAGCAGAGUCCAUUUAUUUUAAUCAAAAGCUUAUAAUGUUUGCUCCAAAUACAAUUAAUACUGUAACAUUAAUUCCAUCAUUAAUUUCGCAAUUAAAGAGUCCAUAUCUUUUAAUUAGAGUCGCCUCUGUAACAUGCUUACGUCAAUUAAUUCAAAAACGUUCCAAUUUCGAAAUGAAUGUACCUUUGUGCGAAACAAUUUUCAUGAUGAUGGACACCGAAAGAGAUUACCAACUCCAAAAAGAAUUAAAAUUAUUAUUAUUCACAUUAAUCGAUACAAUCGCUCCAAAUAAUUCAACAAGUAUCUGGUUAAAGAUCUGUAUGGGUAUAAUUUUAUCUUCAAAACAACAAGAUGAUGAUUUAAAUAAUAGUGGUGCUAAACAACAACAACAACAGCAACAAUCAAAAAAACAAGAACAGGUUAAUGAUCAAGAAGAGGAUGAGGAUGAGUUGGAUCAAAAGGUAGUUAUUGAAGCAUCAGAAAAGAAAAUUGAAUAUGUUCAUCGUUGGUUUACAAAAAUUUCAGCAUUAGAGUGUGUCAGAAGAGUUAUAUCAGUCGUAAAAAAUAAACCAGAGCAUUUCAAUAUGGUAUUAGCAUCAAAAUUACCAAAUAAGAAUGACUGUUUAGUUUACCAUCUCCAUGAUUUAGUUUCAAUUUCCUACAAGGCCGCUACUUCACAAAUUGACUCUAUGAGACCAGUUGGUAUAUUAUUAUUAAAAGAUAUUUUAGAUGGAUUCUCAAAAUCUAUUGAUCCAGAUUACGAAGGUCAUUUAUUAUUAGAACUUUAUCAAGCCCAAAUCAUGUCUGCAUUAAGACCAGCAUUUGCUCCAGGUGCCCUUCCAACACAAUUAUCGAAUGCAUGUACAGUAUUUGUUAGUUUUAUUGAUAGUGCUGUAUACUAUGAUAGUGUCGCAAUUAAAAAAGCUACAGCAUUACUUUCAACUCAAGUUAAAGAUUUAAGAAAUUUAAAUUUCCCAAUUUAUAAUGAAAAGACCACCACUUUAGUACAGGUUUCAAUAUUAAAAUGUUUUGCACAACUCUAUUUGUUAUGCUUAAAAGAUCAAUCACUUUAUUCCAUCUUAUCAAAUGUUAUCAAUCCAUUAUUAAUUUACCUCAGAGUUCACUGGUUAACAUUCCUCAAAGAGUAUUCAUUAUUAUCAAACUAUUCGCCACAAGUCUACCCACUCUAUAAACCAAUCUUUUUCUCACCUUUAACCUAUCAAGAUAGUAUUGAAUACUUUAGAGACGCCUACCCAUCCAUUAUCAAAGCAUUAUCAUAUUUAAUCCAUACACCCUAUUGGUUAAUCGGUAGACAAAAUAAUGAAGAUUCUUCAAUUAGCUCAUCCACUUCAUUAAAGAAACAAAACCUAAAUCUAACCAAUGAAGAUAAAGAAUUCUUAAGUGAAACUAAAUCAUUCGAUGAUUUUUAUUUAAUUUGGGGAUUGUUAUUGUUACCAAUGGAAAGAUAUUUAGAAGAGUCAGUCGAUAUCAACUUUAAUCAAGCUAAUAUUUCAACAUCCUUAGAAACCUUAUCAAUUCUAUUCCAAUUUAACAGUGGUGAAAAUGCAACAGCAAGUAAUGUUUUAACAUCAAAUAAUAUAACUUUUGAUAUGAUAAAGCAAGAUAAAUUUAAAGAAUUUUGUCAAAUUUUAUUAAGAAUUAAUUCAUUCCAAAACGAUAGUAUACAACUAUUAAUUAUAGAAAUAAUUAAUAAUUUAUAUUUGAAUUUUGGUAAAGAUAUAGAAAAACAAAUCAAACAACAAAUUGAAUCAGAUAGUCCAAAUAACAGCGAUAAUAAUUUAUUUGAUUUGGUUUUAAAAAUUUUAUUAAAACCAAUAGAUUUAUUAGAAUUUAAAGGUUGCAAGUAUCAAGAUCAACUAUCAGCACCACCAUCAAAACAAAGUAGUGAAGGUAAUGAAAUUGAUUUUAAUGAAUUAAAAUGUCAAUAUUUUAAUAAGUUAAUUCAAUUUUAUUUACUUUUAAUUAAGUCAAAUAUAGUUCAAACUCAAGAACAAUAUGAAAAGUAUUUACCAGUCUUUAUUUGUACAAUUAUUAAAAGUUUAUCCUAUUCAAAUGAUACUCAAUUAAUUACUUCAUCCAUUCAAUUAUUUAACCAACUAAUCAAAAUUAAAAAUCAAUUUGACGAUACUUUCAAAUGUAAAUUUAAUAAUAUUUUAUUAAUAGUUUUUUCAAAUUUAAUUAAUAUUUUAAAUCAUAAUAAUGAAACAAAACAAGGUUGUUUAUUAUUAUUGCCAAUAGUUUUAAGUAAUUCAGAAAUGAUUUCUAUUGAAAUGUUUGAAAAUUCAAUCGAAUUUUUUAAAUCUGUACUAGUAUCAAAAGAAAAUAAAUUAAAAGAUAAAGUUUAUAUUCUUCAAAUUAUAAGAAAUGUUAUAAAUUCAGGUUCUCAGCAACAACAAGAUAGCCAGAUAUACCAAUUUUCAACUCUAUUAUUAAAGAGCCUCUUAUUAGAAUUAUUUAAUAAUUUAAUUUUCCCAUCUCCGGUCGUAUCAAAUGAUAAAAAUCAAAUUUUAUUAAAAAAUGAAGAAAUAGAAUUAAAUAAUGAAAUUAUUAAAAUUCUAAUUUUAUCUUUAUCAUUUUCAACAGAUUUUAGUAAAAUUAAUUUAUUUUAUAUAGUAAUCUCAAGUUUAAUUUCUUUCUUACAACCAAAUUCUACAAACCAAACAUCACUACAUACAGCUUGUUUACAAAUUUUAUUAAAUUUUGCUUCCACCCAACAACAAAACUUUAAAGAGGUUGUUUCAAAAUUACCAAUCGAACUUAAGCAACAAUUAGAGCAAUCAAUUAGACAAAAUAUAGAAUCUGCUGCUAAAAAGGAAAUUAAAGUCGCUCCAAAAGAACAAAUUAAAUUAAACUUUGAUUUUUCAAAAUCAAUUAAAGAAUAA